AUGGUGCCGGGGUCCUCGUCGUCGGGAUCGUCCGUCGUGGAGGACUGGCAGGCGGGCCAGCUCGUGCCGGGGGACUGGACGUCGUCGGAGGCGGAGAGCGACGCGCCGGUGCGCGGGUCGGUGCAGGUGCCGGGGGGGGGCGGGGGCGGGCGGGAGGUGCGGGCGGAGCGUGCGGGGUACCUUGGGUCCUCGCUCGGCGCCGAGGGGCACGACGUGUACAUGUUCGGGCGCGACGACAGCGAUGUGGAGAAGCGGCCGGGCAGCGGGUGGGCGAACCGCUUGCAUGCGGAGCGUGGGGCGAGCCAGCCGCCGUACCUGCGCUCGCGCGGACCCUCGCGGCUGUCGCAGGGCGGCAGGGGCGCGAGCAUGUCGGGGCGGUCGCCGACGAGCGACCCGUCUGACCAGAACUUGUCGUUCUACUUUGGAGACCAGUACCCGCUGGAGGGGUCGCUGCACGGCGGGAGAGUGCAGCGGCGGCAGGCGUCGGCGUCGCCCGGCCGGCACGGGCGCAGCCUCAGCCGCCCCUCGAUGGAGGGUUGGGGCCGUCCCAACAACCCCACGCCUCUGAAGGGGUUGCGGCUGGACGAGGAGGACGACGAGGACGACUCCGACUUUGUCGAGGAGUGGUGA